CAUCCACUCAGCAAUUGCGCAUGCGCGUCGGUGUGCUCAUGUUGUCUCUCCGCAGGAAUGACGAACCUCGCUCCACACUGGUCGACAGGCACGCGCCGAAAGGAAGACUGAAAAUAUCCAUUUGGUGGAAAUAAAGCGGAUCCGAUCAUCACUUCCGAACAAACACCGGAGGACGUCGCCAACCUGGACAUUGUGGAGACCAAAGAAGAUUUUUAAAAGGACACCGGUCCUCUUCCACUUCAGAACCGACGUCUCCUGUAUGAGUAUAGCUUCAUAUCCAGUGGCAAAGCAUUUUCUAGAUGUGAUGUCUGUCGUUUUUGUCUACAAACUGCGUUUUAUAAUGGGCAUUUGGAUAUGCUUUGUAGAAAACGACUGAUUUUACAUCGAAAAAACGCUUAAAAUGUGACCGUUGCAAGUGAGCAUCGAUCCCUCCACGGAUUUGACGAGACGAGGUGUCUACUGGGAAUAAUAAGGGGAGUGCAUGUAUCUCGUAUUGGAGAGAGGAAGGAGCUGUCCGUUCAGAACCACACACACAUCUGCCACCAGCGGUGCACCACAAGCCAUCAGCCUCGCACCUUCUCUGGACCCCACAGUGCGGAGCGUGAAUUUAUGACAACCUCUGCAUUCAUUUAACGUCUGUACCUUCUCAUUUUCUCUUGGCAUCUGGAGGAAAUCCCACAUUCACCUUACAAGAACAUCAAACGCUCAUGCAGCGGUUUCCUGCAGCUGAGCUGCCUUUGCGCACUUGUUUUUCUGCGUUUAUUCUGUUCACUUUCUUUUUUCCGUUGCCUAACAAUUGCGCACAUGUAUCCUCCGGGUCUUUCAGCGUUGUAAUGCCUGGCCCGGGCUCGAGACAUGCCUAAGCGACGAGAUGGGCCAGGGCGACGAGAAAGACCGUGUUGUGAUCAACGUGGGAGGUAUUCGACACCAGACCUACCGCAGUACCCUGCGCACUCUCCCCGGGACUCGUUUAGCCUGGCUCGCCGAGCCUGAUGCCCACAGUCACUUUGACUAUGACGCCCAGAUCGACGAGUUUUUCUUUGAUCGCCACCCUGGAGUUUUUGCACACAUUCUCAAUUAUUAUAGGACUGGCAAGUUGCAUUGCCCCGCUGAUGUUUGUGGCCCUCUUUAUGAAGAAGAGCUGGCCUUCUGGGGCAUCGACGAGACAGAUGUGGAGCCCUGCUGCUGGAUGACGUACCGGCAGCACCGGGAGGCUGAAGAGGCACUGGACAGUUUCGGCGGGGGGCCAGUUGAAAUGGGCAACGAUGAUAUGGACACAGAAGUUUUGGGUGAUCCAGGGGAUGGAGACGAGGAACUCGAAAUGACUAAACGCCUGGCCCUCGGCGACUCACCUGACGCAAAAAGUGCAGGGUUGUGUCAACGUUGGCAGCGUCGUGUUUGGGCACUUUUUGAAGAUCCAUAUUCCUCUAAAUAUGCAAGGUGGGUGGCAUUUGCCUCGCUGUUCUUCAUACUGGUUUCCAUAACCACUUUCUGCCUGGAGACACACGAGGCCUUCAACCCCAUCAUUAACCGAACAUAUAUUAACCCUGAAGACAACAGCUCCAGGUUUCACUUGGAGACAGAGACGGUGGUCUACCUAACCUACAUCGAGGGAGUGUGUGUAGUGUGGUUCACCUUUGAGUUCCUCAUGCGUGUCACCUUCUGUCCAGACAAAAAGAAAUUCAUCAAAAACACGCUAAACAUCAUCGACUUUGUGGCCAUCCUGCCAUUUUACCUGGAGGUGGGCCUGAGCGGAUUGUCCUCUUCCGAAGCAAAGGACGUUCUGGGUUUCCUCCGAGUAGUGCGGUUCGUUCGGAUCCUCCGAAUCUUCAAGCUGACGCGACACUUUGUGGGCCUGCGAGUGCUGGGACACACCCUCCGCGCCAGCACCAAUGAGUUCCUCCUGCUCAUCAUCUUUCUGGCGCUCGGAGUUCUCAUCUUUGCCACCAUGAUCUACUACGCCGAGCGAAUCGGUGCCAAUCCCAAUGACCCACGUGCCAGCGAGCACACCCAUUUCAAAAACAUCCCCAUUGGCUUCUGGUGGGCUGUUGUGACUAUGACCACAUUGGGCUACGGAGACAUGUAUCCUCAGACCUGGUCAGGCAUGUUGGUGGGCGCAUUGUGUGCUCUGGCGGGUGUGUUAACCAUCGCCAUGCCUGUGCCUGUCAUCGUCAAUAACUUUGGGAUGUACUACUCUCUAGCCAUGGCUAAGCAGAAGCUACCAAAGAAAAAGAACAAGCAUAUUCCCCGUGCCCCCCAGCUGGGCUCACCGAAUUACUGUAAGUCUGCCAUGAACUCACCUCACCACAGCCCACAAAGUGACCAUUGCGCUCUUCCUGCCCAAGAGGAGAUUUUAGAAAUGAACAGAGCAGAUCCCAAAGUGAACGGUGAGGCAGCUAAAGCAGCGCUAGCCAAUGAGGAUUGUCCCCACAUAGACCAAGCCAUUUCCCCUGAGGACGGCCAUAUCUUUAACCCAAGCCAGCCGCGGGGAGACACUCCGUGUUUUCUGCUAAACGUCGGAGGACGAUCCACAAACACGGGCACCCGAGUGAGGAAGGAGGCUUCUCGGCAGGGCCUGCACAAACCGCCUGCAGAUUCUGUGUGUGUCAUGAAUCGUGGUGUUCCGACCACUGUGUGCAUGGCCCAGAACAACCCUCCCACUUCUUGAUAACGCUCUGUUAGUCUGUUUGUUGUACACAAAUGAGUGGAAGACCCGUUCCGACACAUUUAAAUGUAUUAAAAAGGGACUUUUUUUGUUGGUGGCUGAUAGUAUUGUCAACUUGUAGUGCUGUGUAAUGUGUAUUUGAGUGCAUGCUUGUUAAAUAUGUGUGUUUUUGUACGUGUGUCUGUAUGGUAAAUAUGCUUUUCGUGUUGCCCAUGCUUGCAACUGAAUAUUUAGAGUAUCCAGUAAUCUUUACAGGGUUAUUAGGUCAAACCUAUACAAUAACUUAUUUCUCUUUUUUUAAAUCACAACAAAAAUUCACAAAGCUGCCUUUAAAUUAGAACGGGCUCAUACUAAUGAUAUUGUUCUCUGUUGUGCUGCUAAUGUGAAUCAUCAGUUGCCUUUUAACAUUUUACAUUCAUGGGCUCAACAAUAAGAGUUUUUCCUGCUGGCCCCACCAUAAAUACAUUAUUAUGUCAAAAAAAAGGUAUGUUUGAACACUGUUUUCCUUACAUUAAAAUGUACAGCAAAUACAUUAUUAUGAUUUUACAUUAUUAGGAUUUUAUUCGUUUUUUGAUAAAUUCUGAGAAAUUCUAUCAUUUACUCUCCUUUACGUUGUUCCAAACCAGUGUGAUUUCUUCCUGUGGAACAUGAAAGAAGAUAUUUUGAAGAAUGAUCAUUUUGUCCAUGCAAUUUUCAGCAGGAAACUGGUUUCUAAUAUUCUUCAUAAUAUGUUAUUUUAUGUUCUGCAGAAGAAAGAAAUGCAUACAGGUUUUGAACAACAGAGGGUUAGUAAGUUAUGAAAGAAUUUUUGCAUGGACCAUUCUUUCACUUUCAAUACAUUACAGAAAAAGUUGGCAAGGUUUAGGUAUAUAUAUGAAUAUAAUAUAUAUAUAAUCCAGUAAUGAUAUAGCACUGCCUGAACAUCUGACACCUGAGCCAAAUCUCUUUCACACUAGCCCUGGGCCCUUAUUGUUGAGCCCUGUAUUUGCUUAGUUAAUAAAUAUUAGAGGACAAGUUGUAUCUUGAGUUGGUAAUGUUGGUGUAUGUACUAAGUUAUAAUGGUCUUAAUUUCAUUCUAACUCUAUUUCCCCCCGAACACAGCAAGUACAUCAUCAGUACACUCCAGUUAAAGCAAGAGGUUAUUUCAUGAAGUGAGAUUUUGAACUUUUCAAACAGAAAGGGGUCCACAUUUAUGUUUUUUUCAGAAUCAUGCAGUAAAACCUGAUGCCAAAAUGUGAAAGACAUCAGUAUAUCUAUAUGCAGAUGGUUUGACAUGAACUCACUGCCAAUGAUCAAGACGUGUUUUAAUGGAGUUUGCAAAAUCUACAGGUUCAGAAACCAGAUUAUCAAGUAGCAAUGCUUCCGAAGAAGCUUUAUUGCAUAUGUUGUGUUGAACGAUUCUUUAAUCCUCGCAAACAGAUUCUAAAAUAGAUAUUACUAAAAUAGUAAAAGAUUUUACAAAUAAAACACUACACACUCCAAACACAAACACACACAUGCACACAUAUUUACUUUAUAGCACAAGGCUACACUAGAUUGAGUGACUCUACACGGAAGAGAAGCUCACAGAUUAAUCUAUUUAUAUUUUAAGAAUCAAAGUUGACCCUAAAUAUGUCAGCAAGCAUUUAUAUGUUUGUAAAUAUAACAGUAAUAUACUCUAUAUUAUACUAUGUAGCGAAACUUUGCA